UUUUUCGUAGCUGUUACCGCCGUUUAAAACGAAAAUCAGUAUCCGCAGAGGUAACGUUUGCAGUUAGUGUGAGUGGAUCAUGCCGCGCGGGACAGCAGCAGUGUUAGCAUAGUCAAAAUGGCGUCUGCUUGCCCACUCAGCGCUCGUUUAAUCCAUCUGUGAUCAGCCCGAUAGCUGGAUUCCACAAACUGUAACUACUUAUUAGUGUUUCGGUUUUAUCCACUGAUACAGUCGAAACACCUUUGAGCGUCAUGUCGGACUCGGAGGAGGACAGCCAGGACAAACAGCUUAAAAUUGUAGUGAUUGGAGAUGGUGCGUGUGGGAAGACAUCACUCGCCACCAGGUUUGCACAGGAGGCUUUUGGGAAGCAGUACAAACAAACCCUCGGUCUGGAUUUCUUUCUAAAGAGAAUAACCCUUCCAGGAAAUUUGAAUGUGACUCUACAGGUGUGGGACAUUGGGGGCCAAACAUUAGGAGGAAAAAUGCUGGAUAAAUAUGUGUAUGGAGCUCAUGGGGUUCUCCUGGUGUAUGACAUCACCAACUACCAGAGCUUUGAGAAUCUAGAGGAUUGGUUUUGCAUGGUGAAGAAGGCCAAUGAAGAAUCUGAUAUCCACCCUGUUGUCUUCCUGGUUGGAAACAAAAUCGACAUGGAGCACAUGAGGACAGUGAAGGCUGACAAACACCAGCGCUUCUGCCAAGAGAACAGCCUUAUCAGUCAGUUUGUCUCAGCCAAGACAGGAGACUCGGUGUACCUUUGUUUCCAGAGAGUGGCUGCUGAGAUUCUUGGUGUAAAGCUAAACAAAGCAGAAAUAGAGCAGUCCCAGCGUGUUGUGAAAGCAGACAUUGUGAACUACAGUCAGGACACUGUGGCCAGGACAGUCAACCCCCCUCGCAGCUCCAUGUGUGUGGUGCAGUGAUUCCUCCAACACCCACACACACUGAAAGCUGUAUAGUUGUCUUCAGUCAGUAUUUCUCUUUCAGGAUUUUGGGGUGACUGGAUGAGAUGUGUUCAGAGUGCGUUCUCUGUAUUUGUGUGUGCCAGCUGUAGGGGUGCGAUGAAGAACAGACUGUGUGGUUUAGAGACCCUGGCUUGUAGUUCAGAUAUUUGGCAGGAACGAUUUCUUGGGUGGUUUACCAAAGAGGAAAUGAGACCUCAGUUUUUCCAAGUUUACAAGCAGCUAUAAUUUUAUUUCUAUGAUUUACCUUAAACAUAUAUACUGUAUAUAUUAAAAAAAUACAUUAUAAAAAGCGAUUACUUGAUUUAUGUAUCACCUUGUAUUACCUGGUUGGUUAAAGGAGAAAGGCAACUGCUGUGACCAGUCAGUCUGAUAAUUUAACAUAUUUUUAUACAUACACACACACACACACACACACACACACACACACACACAUAUAUCUUUCUCUGCCAUUGUUAUUGGGGGCAUUUAUUUCACUGAUAAAUCAUUGAUUAGGUAUGUACUAAACCCAACACCAUCAACACCUACUCAAGGUACCUCUGUCUCUACAACUGCUAAGUGGAUUCAUGCUAUGAAUUACUGGGACAGUGACUGGGAGGUGAACCCAAAUGCUCUCUGGCACAUUUAGAUAUUCUUUAACUAUAUCUGUGGUGCUCAUCAGUUUAACAGAUGGGCAAAGAGGUAUUAAAAGGCUGUAGAAAACUGAAAUAAAUCAAUUUGGAAAUUUGGGGCUUGCACUAGGAGUCCUGUGACAUGGAUGGUGUACUGUUAUUUUACAUACAAAUAUUUCAGUUUUGCCAUCUAUAUUUAUUCUUCAAAAUAUUUCCAGUUAAUUUGAAUCUGUCAAAUACUAUAUCUAUUCUCCAGAUGUUUCUUGUUAAUUCUGCGUUACAUUUUAAAAAUGAUUUGACAUCCCUUGGUCCGUUCUGAUUGAGGACAAUGGAGCUGCUGUGUUGAUAAAGCUAGAUGAAGUACCUGACUGUCAAGCUGAGUGAAAUUGGGCAACAUUUUACACAACCUUAUUCAACUGUCCAUUAUAGAACAGAUGUUUUCAUUGAAGAAUGGCUGUGACACAUUAAAUGUUUCAUAGAGCUUAAUUCUGACCACAUUUUAGCCUGUUUUACAGUUUGUGUAUUGUUAGAGAUGAAUGAAAUUUUGUACAUUUAACCAGUUUUGCCCAUAUAGUUUCUACAUGACAGAUAAUGUUGGCAUGAUGAGACUUAAUGUGAUGUCCACAGACUGAAAUAUCAUCAUAUGUGUAAACUGUGAUGUACAUUCCACUUCAAAGCUCCUUUCACUGAUUUGGAAAUCUGAACACAUCCUGUAAAUCCUGAUCAUGUAAGCAAAAUGUACGCUUAAACAAAAAGUAAGAAUGUGCGGUUUAAAGUGAAUGUUUAGUUGAUGUCAUACAGCGAUGCCGUUUCGAGUUUUUAAAUAAAAAUGCUAGUCAUGAUUUGUGCAUCUGUUUUUCAGUUGCAGUUGUUUAUGAUAUUCUUUGUGGAUUUAUGCCCAUGAAGUAAAAUAUCUGCAGGUCUUAAAAAGUCUUUAAAAGCACUGAAGGUUGUUUCCUCAAUAAAGGCCUUAGAAGGUAUUCAAGCAUUUUAGAUUUAAUUUAUGCAAGUAAUUACAAAUGUUUUUGUAUUCAGUUGCAGAGAAAACGGCAGAGACAUGUUAUACCUAGAGUCCAUUCUGCACACAGAGGCCCAUUCAGUACCUUUUUAUGGAGUCAAGUGCCAUUUACUGUUUUGAUUCCAGCAAGCUACAAACUUAUCAGUGCCAGUUUUCAAGUUAUACUCAAAAGAUAGAUUUUCAGUGGACUGUUCCUUUAUCUGGGGAUAGUAGGUAGUAGCCCACUGCCUCAAAGGACAAGUUUCCAUUUUCACAAAAACCCAGUCAUUAAUCCAUCCAUCUGUUUCAUCCAUUUUCUGGCAAUAUGUGGACAAAGGAUUGAUUUAAAAAAAAAAUCAGCAUAUUAAUCAGUAAUGAAAGUAAUUGUUAGCUGCAGGCCUAAAUUUAAUUCAGUGUGGUCUUAAAAUGUAUUUUGAGGAACCCUGCAGAUAUCCUGACUUAGCAAAUGAUGUUCGUUUGAACAGUAUAGUUUUACUAAAAUACGAGCUCUGCUAAUGUGUGCAGCCUUUCUCAUUACUCAGCCUUUGUUAACUUGUUACCACAUUUGGGCCUUGGUGUCACUGUAAUUUUUCACUCCACAAUGAUAACAUAAACCAACAGAAACAGGCCCUGGAGGUGCUCAUAUGAGCAGCAGAUGAUGGGAACUGGUGUAUAGCCGACGAGGGCAUUACAGAUUAAGGAUACAUGUGUUGAAACUUAAGCAUAAGGACUGAAACUUGACCACCCCAGAGAUCUGCCACCUGGUCUUUGUUCAGUAAAUCUUCACUGAAACAGCCCCUAAAUCCAUUCUGGACAGAUGAUACAAACGACUUUUUAAAUGGUUGUAAGCUGUAUGAAUUAAUCACUUAAAAAGUCUAGGGUUUAGCCUAUUUUGCUGAUUCAAUGUCACUGAAACCAGUGGUAUAUUUUGAAGGA